UUAUUCGAGCUGCACUUAUAAAAAAAAAUGUUGCUUUAUUGCCAUAUUCAUGCUAUUAUAACAAUUUCGAUAUUACAUAAACUAAAUUAUGUUACGAAAUGAAACAGCAAGAUGAUGAUAAUAUGUGAAAAAACCACAAAAUAAUCUAGGCUUAAUAAUAAUAAUAAUAAUAAUAAUAAUAAUAAUAAUAAUAAUAAUAAUAAUAAUAAUUAUCAAUAACGUUGACUAUCGUAAGGCAUACAUAAAUAUUUAUCUUCUUAAAUGCAGUAUGUCAAUCAACGCUAUUUAAUAUGUUUUUAGAAUUUAUGUUUUUCCAUUUAUAAAGUUACGCACCUUACCUUUGUUAACUGAACGAUGUUUCUUUAAUUAGUCUGAGUAUAGUUUAUUUACAUUACCAUUGCAGAAUGGUAAACUUAACUUUGAAUCGGUCUUGCCAUAAUAAAUAUUAAUUUUCCUUUAAGUGCUAUUGAAAACGUUAUACAAGGAACACUCCUUUCGUAAAUUCUGUUGAGUAAACUCAAUAAGAAAUAUACUUUAACGACGCAAAAGAAAUGAAAGAGAGAAAUUUCAAUGAGUACUAUUUAUUACUUUUCAUGUGUACAUUGGGAUUGUGUUGGGCUUCACCAGAGUUCACAGAAGAGCCGCAAAGUGCAGCUCUGCUUGCCGGUAAAGAACAUUCCUUCAAGUGUGCGGCUCGAGGUAUGAAAUUAGGAAACCAUUCAUUUGUCUGGCAAAAAAAUGGAAUACUUUUAACAGUUCAGGAACAGAAAAUAUCGGUUGUAUCGUAUGAUAUAUCAGGCCUUAAUAUAACAAUUCUUACGGUAAAGGAUAUUGAAACAAAUGAUGCUGGUCUUUAUAGGUGCGUGAUUUUAGCUCCCGGAAAAACAGAACUGAGAUCGGGACAAGCUAGAUUGACGGUUCAAUCGUUGCCUAACUCACGUUUUCCUGAGUGCCAGUUAUUCGUUGACAAGAUUUUAGUUGGAGCGAAUAUUAAACUUUCAUGUAUAUCUGAAAAAGUAGAGCCAAUGGUAACACUGGAGUGGCGACGAAACAAAUACAAGAUACGGAACGACGAAAGAAUAACAUUCAGUGGUGAUAAAGUACAACUUGAUUUCGAUUUAGUAGUAAGUAAAAACGAUAUCGACGCUGUCUUCACAUGUUUUCAGACAUCGCCGGUUAGACCCGAAAACCAAUCGACGUGUUCAGUCGGACCUCUGAAAGUCGGCUACAAACCAACUAUUGUCAUUCAACACACUGAUCAGAUACUACCUGGACGCGAAGCUAUAUUAUUUUGUCAAACAUUUUCAAAUCCACCGGUUGAUGAAUACCAGUGGGCAUUCCAUCCUACAUUAGGUGAUAAUCAGUACACGAUUGAUGCAUCUGGACAAUUGUUAACUCUUUUGAAUCCGUCUCUAACCAUGAAUGCAACUAAAGUAACAUGUUCAGCCACAAAUGAAAUUGGUAAAAGUUCAUCGACAAUACAAAUAAAUAUUGGCAAGCCAUAUGGUGAUCCACAUUCUAUCGAUGUAUCAUUCAAUCAUAAUGAAUUCAAGAACAAGAAUGGGAUUCGUUUAUCUUUAGAUGUUGUGAUCAUCAUUGCUGCUGGUGUUGUAAUUAUUGUUGUACUUGUUGUUCUGGUUCCCGUCUAUCAUUAUUGUUUAUGUCGUAAUGAUAACACAACAGCAGUAGAUUCUUCAGGAAAUACAGUAAUUCAGCCUGAAGUAUAUUAUGAGGCUAAAGAAGGUGUUAUUUUAAGACAUACGCUACAGGAUCGUUCCUUACCUCGUGUACCUACUACAGAAGUGUAUGGUCAUUGGAGACAUUCGACAGCUUCACAAGUUCCCAAUGAUCUUGAGACACAUAGCUACACAUACAUAGAUACCGAGAACGAUUAAUCUUACUCUUAUCCUAAAAUGAUUAUCCCUUUUUAUUUCAACUCCAUUAUUAUAUUGUAAAUAGCUACAACUAUCUUGUUUUAACAGUAUUUCCGUCUAAUAAAUAUUAAGUGUCCCCUAGUUAUACUUAUAUCCAGAGAACGAUCGAUAGAAUACUGUACAUUUGUAUAUACCGUCAAAUAAAACAUGUUAUUAGGUAUACUUAAUAUCAUUGUAUUAGCCCGAUAAAUAUAAACACUCUAUAACCGUUAUUACCGUAUUACACAGUUCAUAUCGAUUUUGCACAUUACAUAGUAUUUGAUAAAAUAAUAUAUACUUUUCUUUUUAUAGGAAAAUAUAUAUUAUAAAAGCGCAAUAACUCAUUAUUUUAAUUAACUUUCUGAAGUAUUUCAGACAAAGUUAUUAUAGACUAACAUAACUAUUUUUCAAUAAGAAUUGUAUGGCUUAAGAGAGCAGAUAACACAAACACCAGUAAAUUUUGUGUUUGUAUUUAAAUUCAUAAAAUAAUUUAAGAGUUGGCACGUUGCACUAAUUGCAUCUGCAAAAGAUUACAACCGGGGAAGGCGAUUGAAUUUCCAUUUAUGUUGCAAGUGUCGUUGUCGAGGGUUCGAACCACACACUGACCAUUCUAUGCCGGCCAUGCUUAGUUACCCCAGCUUGUACUUUUGAUAGGUUGUGAAGUGGUUUACACUGUGUUUCAGCAGAGGUGCAAGUAUUUCGUGGCUUAUAAAUUAUACUUUGUUAUUUGCUUGUAUUUGGUAUUUAUAUAGCACUUUUCCGUUGGUUUAACAAAGCACUUUGUUUUUCCUUGGUCGUUGGGGCCACAUGCUGAAGUGUUGCUGCCAUAUAUUGGCGCAGUAUCAAACAACCCCCACCCCAUUAGGUACCCAUUUAUACUCCUGGGUGGAGAGAAUCAAGCAGAUAAAGUGCCUUGCUCAAGGCCACAAGUGAAAUGCACAGCGAGGGAUUGCAACUCGGACCUCAAGGUUUGAAAACCAAUGUUUAUUAUUUAUUUGAUUUUUUUUUCUUUUGUGGAUAAAUCAACACCUUUCUUUAGGUAUUUACAAUAUACAUAUGAUACACGUAAAGAAAUUAUAAAUAAAUAUGUAAUACAUUUCAUGCUUAUAUAUAAUAUUAUAUUAUUUUAUAUUUUAAUACAUAAUUAUGUCUACAUAUUAAACAAUACAAUGUUUAAACACCGAACAUCAUUAUAAUAUAUUAAUAAAACUGAGAUAUGCAUCAAACCAGUGCAUGACUAUGAAUGAAAUCAUGUACUCAUAACUCAUUUCAAUAUUUUAUUCAAAUAUCGAAAAUUUGAAAAACAAAACAAAACGUUUUCUUUGUCAAUUGUUAUUACUUCCUAACUACACACAUUAUUAUUGUAAAUGUUUUUGUUGGUUUGUUAUUAAUAUUAUAUUUGUAAAUGGAACCACUGAAUUAUUAUAUUGACAUUAUGAUUAUACAUAAUGGAGCGCUAUUUAACUUCGCAAUACUUAUUUGUAAUUAAACAUUUUUUGUUGAUUUUGUUAUUAAUAUUUUAUUUCUAAUUGAAGUGAAUUAUUACACGUAAUCUAGUAUCGCUAUUAGCUCUGCCAUUAUUAUUAUUUACUUAUUAUGUGUCUUUCAAAGAGCAGUAUUAUAUGAUUUCUUUUAUAGGAAUGGCACAUUUCUCCAAUUACAUCGGCAAAACACUACAACAUAUAACAAGCAGUUAUGAAGUUGCUACAUGAUAUACGACAUAACUUGACAAUAGAAAAAUAUAGAUACCAAAUAGUGUAUAAAAAUAAUAAUUUUUAUUAUUUAUUGAUUUUUAAAAUUAUUAUGGGUCUAUAAAAAAGCAGUAAUAAAUAAUGUCUUUCUAAAAAAGAGGUCUUUUAUUUUCAUGUAUGCUGCUU